AUGGCUUCAUCGACCACAGAUGGCCCAAAGGCCAGGGACGGCUCGGCCGAUAAGCCUCUCCCGCUUGAUAUGAGCCACCACUUCUCGGAGACGACCAAGAAUCGUCUUCCCAGUAAGAUCAAGGAGUACUACAAAUACUUUCAGAUCCCGGGCAUCGGUAACCUUGCCGGCGGCCUUCCCAACGUCCAAUUCUUCCCCUUUGACACCCUAGAGGCCCAGACCGCCAAGCCGCAGCGAUGGACGCCCACGCCGAACCAGCCCGGCGACGGCGAGCUGGUCGACAGGAUGAGCUCGGCCAAACUGUCCUCCUCCUCCUCGUCCUCCUACGGCGACCCCGCGGCGGCGGCCUCGCACAUCACCGUGCCCAAGACGGCCGACGAGCCGGACCUGCUCAAGAAGAUCGACCUCGCCACGGCGCUGCAGUACGGCCAGGCCCAGGGCUACCCGCCGCUGCUGUCCUGGAUCCGCCAGUUCACGUGCGAGCACCUGCACCCCGACGUGCCCUACCGGGGCGGGCCCGACGUCACGCUGACCGUCGGCUCGACCGACGGCUUCGCCAAGGCCCUCGAGGUGUUUGUGGACCCGUGGAGCGCGGCCCGGGGCGACGACGCGCGCGCCCGGCCCGGCCUGGUCUGCGAGCCGUUCGUCUACAGCAACGUGCUCGCGCAGGCGCAGCCCAAGGGUGUCCAGGCCGUCGUCGUCGAGGCUGACGCGGACGGCAUGCUCGCCUACGGCGACGGCGGCCUCGAGGACGUCCUCUCCAACUGGGACGAGAGCAAGGGCAUGAGGCCGCAUCUGAUGUACACCGUGACCAUGGGCCACAACCCGACGGGCAUACUCCUCGGCAUGAAGCGCCGCCAGGAGCUCUACGCCGUCUGCAGCAGGUACGACGUCAUCAUCGUCGAGGACGACCCGUACUGGUACCUGCAGUACCCCUCCGCCGCCGCCGAGGAGGCCCGCUCGCGUGGCCUCGCCUCCCCGCGCCGCGCCGAGCCCUCGGACUACAGGGCCGCCAAGUCCUCGGGCUACCCCUUCCUCGACUCCCUGACGCCGUCCUUCCUCGCCAUCGACGUCGACGGCCGCGUCGUCCGCCUCGACACCUUCUCCAAGACGGUCGCCCCCGGUUGCCGCCUGGGCUGGGUGACGGCGCAGCCGGCGCUGAUCGAGCGCUUCGUCCGCGUCUCCGAGUCCGGCACCCAGCAGCCCUCGGGCUUCGUCCAGUCCGUCAUCAGCGAGCUCGUCAUGGGCGGCCCCGGCGGCGGCCGUGGCAAGGACCGCGCCGCCCCCUUCGCGGGCUGGAAGACCGACGGCUGGGUCCGCUGGCUCGAGGGCCUGCGCGGCGAGUACGAGCGGCGCAUGCAGCGCAUGUGCCGCACCCUCGACGACGGCAGCGUGCAGCUCAAGCAGGGCACGCCCCUGCGCGCCUGCGACGCCGACUGGGGCGUCGUGACCAAGACGCGGCUGCUGAGCUUCGACUGGCCGCGCGCGGGCAUGUUCGUCUGGGUGCGCGCGCACUUCGAGUCGCACCCGCUCUGGCGGCGGCCCGCGCGCGACGGCCGCCCCAUCGACGGGCCGGCCCUGUCCACGGCGCUCAUGAUGUUCCUCAUCCGCAAGCCCUGGCUCGUGCUCGUGACGCCCGGGUCCAUGUUCAGCGCCACGGACGAGGUCCGCCGCGAGCGCGGCUGGGCGUACUACCGCCUCUGCUUCGCCGCCGAGAGCGACGCCAACGUCGACUCGUGCUCCAAGAGGUUCGUCGCCGGCGUGCACAAGUUCUGGAAGAUCAAGAGCGUGGAGGAGCUCGAGGAUCUACUCGGCGACGCGCCCGAUGCCGCCAGCGUACUGCCUGAGCCCGAGGACGGGGAGCAAGUCUUGGGCAAUCUAGGAACUUUCCUAGGUUGCUGA